AUGUCACAUCCUGAAAACCAUCAAGUCCAUACGGGACAUACGCAAACACAUCUACUUCGUCAUCCAUAUUCUAACAAAGUUUUCGAACGAUCGGUUUUAUUACUCGAGAAGGAGAUACCUUAUGAUGCGCCGCCAGGUGAAGAUGGAUACGAUGAUGGAAGUAAUGAUAUUCAUCGUAAACGAUGGAAUAGCGCUUUACAGAUAUGGCGGAGAAAUGAUGAGGAAAAAUCAGGUGGAGGAUAUGAGGUGGACGAGGUGGAAAGGGAGUUGUUGAGUGAGUUGGAUAAUGAUUAUCAUACGAGGGGGUGGUAG